AUGUUAAGGUUCAUCCUAGUCAAGAGAACACUAUUCACUACUAAUCAACCAAUUGGAUUAACUUUUUCUCAAAAACUUUUAAAACUUUCUCAACAUGAAAAAUCCCAAACUAAUGAACUUGAGUAUUCUACAGUUCAAGAGUGGUCACCAAAAGAAGUUAAUAUAUUUCUCAAGGAGAGAUUUGCUAAUGAUUGGAAUGCAUUAAAAGAGUUCGGUUUUGAGACACAUGAAGUGACAGGAAGUACAUUAUUGAAAUUGAAAGCAGACGAUCUACGCAAAGCAGACACUAUUGAGCAAAUAUCAGGAAAGACCAUCUACAUUCAAGCCUAUAAUAAUGAAAAAUAUAUGAUGUAUGAUGAAGAUGAUCUUCGUAACUUUUUGAAGGCAGUUGAUGGGAAGGGAUUGGAAUCUAUUGAUGAUAAUAAUGAAGUCCCAAAUGUUAUCACAUCUCUAAGAAACAUUCAUUCUAAUCAAUAUUAUCGAAUCAAUGCCUCCCAUCUUACAGCGGUCAAAAGGGGAGUUAUAUGGUCAAAAAUUGAGGAUCAGGUAAUGGAAGAAGAAACAUUAUCGGCUGUACAAAAUGCUCUUAAUGAAAAGAUCAAGGCAUCUACAAAAAUCUUUUCUAAACGAAUAAUGCAUGAUCAGGAAGGCAGACCAUCAAUAGAGUGGGAUGGAAUCUUAAUUUGUGAUGAUAGGGUAUUUUUAUGUGAAACCAAACAUAAUAUGACACUUAAACACGUAGUCAAUCUCAUUAAUCGAUUAAAGGAUUUUCCAAAAAAACUCGAAACUACUUCAGAUCUAGAAUUCAAACAAUUAUUGGGAAAGCAACAUAUCGGAGUUGCCUGUCGAACAAAAUUUCCUGAGGAACUGAAAUCCAUGGCAAGAGAUGAAUUGGGAUUGAUAGUAGUAUUUCCUGGUGGUGGUCGGUAUAAAGUAGAAAUGCCUAAAAAUUUAUGUAUUGGUUCUGUAUAA